GCGCGGGGACGUCACCUUUUCCUUCUCUUUGUAGUUUGUACACGAACAACGCAGACAGGCCCGCGCACGGUGAGACUGGCUUCCCCUGAAAAUAUUAUCUGCCCUUGUCACCAAUUUCCCUGUGUUUUCUCGGCAACCAAGCAAGUUUUCCCUCCAAUUUUUAUCUGUCAGCUGUUACAUGGCCAUUAAAUUGUACCAUAACGUCUUUAGGAAACUGAGAAUGUGUUCCUUGAAGCCGAUUCCAGAAGUUGAAAGUUAACGGUGUAAUUGGUCUCGAAACAGAGAGAGACCCAUGCCUUCAAUCCGCCUCUACUCAUCGCUAGCUCCGCCCAACAGCCGCCGUCCCACUUUUCUGCUGCCGUCAAUCGCAACGUUGCUCAAAGCCUGCAAAACCCAAUCCCAUCUCCAACAAAUCCACGCCCACAUUGUACACAAAGGUUUGGAGCAAGAUUACUUCCUCAUAACCCAGUUCAUCUGCCUCUCCAACGCCCUCGCUUCCCUCUCUUACUCUGCCGCCGUCUUCGACCGCGUUCUCAGCCCAAACACCUUUCUCUGGAACUGUCUGAUCAAAGGGUACUGCGAAAGGUCUGGUUUUUUGGGCAUUGUUUCUCUGUUUGUUCGAAUGAAGAGGGAGGAAGGCCUUCCGGAUAGGUAUACGUACCCGUCUCUUUUUAAGGCGUGUGCGAGUGAGGGGAGGGUCUGGGAAGGAAGGGCGAUACAUGGGUCGGCGGUGCGGUGUGGGGUUGAUGGGGAUGUGUUUGUAGGCACCAGUUUGAUUGAUUUGUACGGUAAGUGCAAGGAGAUUGUUUGCGCUCGCAAGGUGUUUGAUAGAAUGUCUGAGAGAAGUGUGGUUUCUUGGACGACUAUGGUUGUUGGGUAUGCUAGUGUUGGGGAUUUGGUGGAGGCCAACAAGUUGUUUGAUCAGAUGCCCCAGAAAAAUGUGGUGUCGUGGAAUGCGAUUAUUAGUGGGUUUGUGAAGAUGGGGGAUUUGGUUAAUGCUAGGAGGAUCUUUGAUCAUAUGCCUGACAAGAAUGUGGUUUCUUAUACUACUAUGAUUGAUGGAUAUGCCAAGUACGGAGAUAUGGCGUCUGCGAGAUUUUUGUUUGAGCAAGCCCCGAAUAAAGAUAUCGUUGCGUGGUCAGCAUUGAUAUCAGGGUAUGCUCAAAAUGGUCAACCUAACGAGGUCGUAAAGAUAUUUCAAGAAAUGAGUACGAAGAAUGUUAAGCCUGAUGAGUUUAUAAUGGUGAGCUUGAUGUCAGCUUGUUCCCAAGUGGGCUGCUUGCAGGUGGCUAAAUGGGUUGAUUCUUACCUGAGCCAGAGCUCCGUUGAUGUUCGCCAGGCUCAUGUUCUCGCAGCUCUGAUUAACAUGAAUGCAAUGUGUGGGAAUAUGGAAAGAGCAACACGUUUGUUUGAAGAGAUGCCUAAGCGGGACUUGAUUUCGUAUUGUUCUAUGAUACAAGGGUUGUCGAUUAAUGGUCAAGGGGGUCAGGCUGUUGACCUCUUCAGACAGAUGCUAAAUGAAGGUUUGGCUCCGGAUGAGGUUGCUUUUACAGUCAUCCUGACAGUUUGUAGUCGGUCAGGGCUUGUUGAGGAGGGUUGGCACUUCUUUGAAUCAAUGAGACAUAAGUACGGUUUAAUACCCUCUCCUGAUCAUUAUGCAUGUAUCAUUAGUCUUCUUAGCCGGUCAGGACGGUUAAAAUCAGCUUAUGAUCUUCUACGAUCAAUGCCUGUGGAGCCUCAUGCUGGUGCUUGGGGUGCACUACUUUCAGCCUGUAAGCUAAACUGCAAUGCUGAGCUAGGAGAGUUAGUUGCUCAUCGACUUUUUGAGCUUGAACCCCAAAAUCCUGGUAAUUAUGUGCUUUUGUCCGAUAUCUAUGCAGAAACAGGCCGCUGGUUUGAUGUUUCUGCAGUGAGGACCAAAAUGGAAGAGCGAGGGAUUAAAAAGAUACCCGGUAUCAGUUAUUUAGUUUAAAGCGUGAGCUUCUCGGUAACUCUCUUUAUGCAGUGCCUGGAGUGUAUACAGAUGACACACCAUCUUCACUAGCGUCUACAUCGUGGAGUUGGAAUUAAUCAAAAAGAUUUAGUUCUACUCCUAGCUUAUUGGUGCUUGAGGAACCAAGUUGCCAAGGCUGCGUUCUACGACACUCCUUAUUGCAAGCUUCAAGUGGGAUUGCAUCCUGAGAGGAUGGUAGAGACAGAGACAUAAAUGUUUUCGUUCAAAGGAGUUUAUUAAGAGAAUCUGCUUCCCUUGAGAGCUUUAUCCGGGAUUAACUAUCAGCCAAGCAACCUGAAGCUUAUGGGUGGUUUAUCUCUAAGCAAGUUCCGUUGGUGGCCUAGUAAGGGAACGCACUUGGGGUCUAGCAACACAAAUGACACAUCUCUCCUCAUGCUUACACUGACAUGCAAUGCUGCAAUUACAAAACUUGGCCAAGCAAAAAUUUCUUGCCCUCAAUUCUUUGUUAGGUUCCUGAUUGGGGGCAGCAUCUUAUACUAUCCUCAGCUCUCAUCAAUAAGCUCUUAUUGAUUGUAUGUAGAGGUUCCACAUUCCCUUGUACUUGUGUGCUUGUCAUCCAGGAAGGUAAUCGCUCUUAGUCUUCUCCUCACGAGCAGCACAGUUCCUUAAAAGGGAAAGCAGAAAGAAUGAGGGCAACAGGUAUGAAGCUUUAGGUCUUGUCCACGUAGGCGACCAUUCUGUUAACUUUUAAGAUUUUAGCGUUCCAUGUAACCCAACUCUUUUUUCUUUUUCCUUUUUCCUUUUUGGUUGGGUUCAAUACUUUUUCAUGAUAAGGACAUCUCAUUUCAAAAAUUUAUUUUUAGAGCUACUCGUGGAGCUCCUUUAUGCACCCUCCAACUGCAACCUUGAGUUGAUUGUGGAUUAAUAUGUAUUUUCACAAUGAUUUAUACAUUAUAUGCAUUUGCUUUUUACCUAUUGCACCAUCUAAUUGCCAAAUGUAUUAGUGUUUAACUGGAACUCUCGUUAUCUAAAAGAAGAUUGUGUAUGCUGCUGGCUCAAAUUUUGAUCUUUUUGACUUAUUUAACAACUCAUAUUGUUAGCCCUAGGUUUAUUUCCGGUAAGGGCAACAUUGUUUGUUACUAGAGCAAUCAGGUUGAAGAUGCCACUGUGGUAGUGUUUGUUUGCAUUCUCAUGAUAUAUAGUUUUGUUUCCUAGGUGCUUCCCUUAUUAACCCUCUGUUAUAUAUUAUCAUGUGUUUUUUUUCUUUUCUUUUUAUUGUCCUUUUAAAAACGUGGUCGAGAAUGUAGACUAGUAGUUAUUGACUUGUGUUGCCUAGUCUAUCUUGUUGUCCCUUUAUAGGAAGAAUAGCCAUCUCUUUUGCCCACUGUUCCUAGCUCAGCAACAUGGUGUGCAAAAAACCAUAAAAGCGUGUGCUGAGAUCCUUUGUAACUGAGCUCUUGAAUCUCUUAUUUAUGAGAUUGUUCCUUGUUGCUAAUUGCUAAUUGCCUACUCGAUUCAGGAGCACAUCUGUUUUGUUGUUGGAAAUUGGAAAUGUGCAAUUACUCGAACCAAGUUGCUUGAUAUUUAUGGAAUGACCUGACAGAACUCAAAAGACGGGUGAUAAGGAGUGCUGAUCAAUCAGAAAAUGAGGAGUUGAUUGGCAGGAUGUGUCGCAAGGAACUCAAUUACUAACAAUUGACGUUGGUGCCGUUAUGGGGUCGCUUACAAGAGUGUUGAUGGGAAAUGAGCUCUGACCGACUUAGCUAGCAUUGGUUGUUCUGAUUCCGGCCAAAAAAACUUAUGAAAUGAUCGGAUUCUCAUCUUCAUGUUCAUCCAGCUGACUUGGUUUAUUACUGGAGGAGGUUUCUGGGCGGGCAUAUAACAAGGUCAAGGCGUGCUUCGGUUACUUUGUUUCUGUUGCAUUAUUUGCGUUCGUGCUAGUCAAUAACCUGUAUAAACCGUACCUUUGUAAGACGUAUGCAAUGAGUUAUCUGAAAUUCAUAUGUUUUAACUCUUUAUAAAUCAAUCAAAUUUUCGGUUAUAGAGAUGACAGUCAA